AUUCAAAUGUAUUUGAUUUAUUUAAACUGUUUUGUAUAAAUUGUUCAAUUGUUAUCUUCUUUUUGAACCUUUUUGAAAUUUGAUCUAUUUGUUUGUUUUGAUAUCACAUCAGCGUUUGGUGUUUUUUUUCCAAACUUUGCACGCUUGAUUGUCAGUCUUCAUGAUGCAGUUGAUGCUAAACAUCUAUACAUUUUACGCCGUGUUUGAUCUUGUAAGGCAAUACUGUGUUCUUUGUGACGGUGCUGCAGUCUCGCAGAAUGAGACACUUUCAACAGGGUCAUUGGAAAGGCUGAAGUCGCUCUUUAUUUUGCUCUUGAUGUAUUUUCCCUAUAUAUUUGAUGUUUCUAUAUUUGAAAUAAAUUAUAAUUAAACAUUCCUACAAAGCGCCUCUUGUCUUGUCAGUGUUCGCAAACCGCGUCGUGGCGGCGCUAUCGGGCGCGUUCUUCUUCUGUUGUUUAAAAUGGAGGCUGGAAAACCAGCUAUUUUCUAGCCGACCACUGUUACCAAGGAAGUAGACGAGCGAUUUCUUCCGGAUUAAGAGUCGAAAGGAAAGCUUUCCCACGUGUGGCGAAUGUGUGAAGGCUGAUCCAGAAUCAGAGAAAAAUCAACAAACAGAACCAAUGAAAAGCAACUCAAGGAUGCAAAAAGCAUGAACAAAAGUUUUUGAGAAGUUAGCUGACAAAAGUUGACAGUUUUACCUAACUCAGGAGAACAUGGCAGUUGAUGGUGCAACUAAAGAGAAGAAGAAAAAGAAGAAGAUAAGGGUGGAGGAAGAUGCAGGAAACACAAAUGUGGUGCAGUGUCAUGAUGUGUCCGUCCAGACUGGUGUGAAAAAAGAACCGUUAGAAGUAAACACUAGAGAUGAGGAGAAGAAGAAGAAGAAAAAGAAAGUAAAGGAGGAGGUGGAAGCAAUCCCCGUGACGGUGAGUUACGAUGCGUCCGUCCAGACUACCGUCAAAGCUGAACUCUCAGAAACCAAUAUCAGUGAUGCUCCUGAAAAGACAAUAAAGAAGAAAAAGAGGAAGAUGAAGGAAGAGCCAGAACCGCUGCAGGAGAUCAUCAGCGAGGAUGGAGAGUGUUUAGUGUCCAAGAAGAAGAAAGCCAAGAAAAAAGGAUGUACAGAUGAGGUGGAAGGUAUGAAAAAUAAAAAGAUGAAAAAGAAAGUGGAGGUCAAAGAAGAAGAAGAAGAGGUUGAUUUUGGACACGGUGUGGAGACGGUGGAAAAGAAAAAGAAGAAAAAGAGAAAAAAUGAACAAGAGCUAAACACAGAAUUGGAGGAUGGAGAGACAAAGAAGAAAAGAAAAAAGAAAGAAGCAGACGAAUGCAAAGAGGAAAAGGUGAAGAAGAAGAAGAAGAAGAAAAAACCUUCUGCGGAUGACAUCAGCUCAAAUGAAAAGCCGGAGAAGAAGAGCAAGAAGCAGAAGAAGAACUUUAAAGCUGUGGAUGAAGGUGAGAGUCAUCCUCACGCGAACGGAGGACACGUCAGCUCGCCGGACAAGAAGACGAAACGGAAAGAAAAGGCUGAUGAUGUCAUUGAGAAGGUGGAGGCGGGAAAGAAGGGCGGGGAAGAAGAUGGAAACAAGACGCUGGAGGAAGUUAAGAAGCAGAGGGCGAGUAGAGCGGCUAUCGUGUUCCUGUCGGCAAAGCCUGGGAAUCAGGAUGAAGUUUCAAUAGAUCAGGAGCGCCGUCUCGCCCUACAGAGGGACGUUGAUAAGGAAUCUCAGCCGAAGCCGAAUCUUGGCCAGUGGGGCACGGUGCGGUUCGACAGCUCUGACAGACAAGAAAAGUUCCUGCGCUUGAUGGGCGGCUUUAAAAAGAGCAGCCAGCCGGUCGCCGGAUCCUCCGGCUCGGCCAACAUGGCGCUGGGGAAAGAAGGCCAACAGACUUUGCAGCAAGGCCUUCUGGGAGAGUUUGAGCGCGCUCAGAGCCGACAUAUGAACUUCAAAAUUAAAGGAGCCGGAUUGGGGUUCACAGCGCCGUCCAAUAAGAAGUUUACGAUCGAUACUAAUGCACGGAACUCGAUUCGAUUCGAUGACUGAGAGUUUACCUGAAAGUGAACGCUUUACUCACCCUCAAGUCGUUUACAAACCCAUGUGCUCGUGCUCCAGAAAGGAAUAAAAAACAAUGGAAAAAUUGUCUAUACAAUACAUGUUUGAAAUGAGAGGAUGGUGAGUAAAUGAUGACAAAAUGUUCAUUUCUAGACUAAUCCUUUUUCUUUAAUGUGUGAAUCAGAAUGGGUUUAUGUUUUACUGGUGCAUUUUUGGAACAGAAGAACACUGCCCCCCCCCCAAAAAAAGUAUUUGAUAGAUUUAAUUGAUUUUUUUUAAAUAUUUUUUUCCCUAAGAGGUGUUGUACUCAGGUGAAAUAUCAGGAGAUGGAUUUGAGUUCAUCGUGGAUUUGCUCAAGAAAAGAUUCUAUAAGAAACGGACAUCAGAAAAGACUGAAUAAAGACACUGGAUUAGAGCUGUCAUGGUGGUUAUAUGAUAGUUAUCAUUAUUGUCAUUGCAUUAUUGAUGUUUUUUUUUAGAUUUAUAAGGAGUGUUUAUAAUUCUUCUGUCAUUUCACAGACACUUUUAUAGUCAAGAUGUUAAAGUUUGGGGUCUUUAGGAUAUUAUUCUCACCAAGGCUGCAUUUAU